UGCGCGAACCAUCCGGCGGCGGUGGCGGCGGUGGAGAGGCUUGAGAGAGGCUGGUGUGUGGGCUUACCUUGUGCUCCUCAUCUGUUGUGAGGGAGACUUGUGGCUUGAUCUUGGGCCGCCAUGGGGCGAGUGAAUGUGGCCAAGUUACGUUACAUGAGCCGGGAUGACUUCAGGGUUCUGACCGCGGUUGAAAUGGGCAUGAAGAACCAUGAAAUAGUUCCCUGCAGUUUGGUUGCUUCUAUAGCCAGCCUUAAACAUGGUGGCUGUAAUAAAGUUUUAAGAGAAUUAGUGAAACAUAAACUCAUAGCUUGGGAACGUACCAAAAUCUUUCUCAUUUUAUUUUGUCUAGCUGUCCAGGGCUAUCGGUUGACAAAUGCAGGAUAUGAUUACCUAGCUUUGAAAACACUUUCUUCUAGACAGGUAGUUGAAUCUGUUGGAAACCAGAUAGGUGUUGGCAAAGAAUCUGAUAUUUACGUUGUUGCAAAUGAAGAAGGGCAGCAAUUUGCAUUAAAGCUUCAUAGGCUGGGAAGAACCUCCUUUCGAAAUCUGAAAAACAAGCGUGAUUAUCAUAAACACAGGCAUAACAUGUCUUGGCUUUAUUUAUCUCGUCUCUCUGCCAUGAAAGAAUUUGCUUACAUGAAGGCAUUGUAUGAGAGGAAAUUUCCAGUCCCAAAACCGAUUGAUUAUAAUCGCCAUGCAGUGGUAAUGGAACUCGUAAGUGGCUAUCCUCUAUGUCAGAUACACCAUGUUGAAGACCCUGCAUCUGUAUAUGAUGAAGCUAUGGACCUAAUUGUCAAACUUGCAAAUCAUGGACUGAUUCAUGGAGAUUUCAAUGAAUUCAAUCUCAUUUUGGAUAAAGAUGACCACAUCACCAUGAUUGAUUUUCCACAGAUGGUUUCAACUUCUCAUCACAAUGCUGAAUGGUAUUUUGACAGAGAUGUUAAAUGCAUUAGAGAUUUCUUCAUGAAACGUUUCAGCUAUGAAAGUGAGCUUUACCCAACUUUUAGUGAUAUCAGGAGGGAGGACUCUCUUGAUGUAGAGGUUUCUGCCAGCGGCUACACAAAGGAAAUGCAGACAGAUGAUGAAUUGCUUCAUCCAUUAGGUCCCGAUGAUGAAAAUACUGAAACAGAAGACGGACUUGAAUUCUCACCUUCUGAUGAAGAGUUGUCAGAAAAAGCAAAGUUUCAUAAAUCAAAAAAUCAAAGUGAUCAGAAGUCUGCAGAUGAAUCCGCUGACUACUGUUGCAUAUCAUCUGGACACCUUGAACAAAUAAAGGGAGAGGAUUCGUCAGAGGAGAGUGCUGAUGCACAAAAUUUUGAAUUACCUGAAUUCAGUCAAGCUUUAGAAGAAAUAAAAGGUCAAGUUAUUGACAACAAUUCUGUAACUGAAUGUUCUGAGGAGACAGACAAAAUUGAAAAUGACACUAGGCAAAAUGGUAAACCAGGUCAAGGAGGAAUCCCCGUGAGCUCUGAAGACUAUGAAGAUGCAUGCCCUCAUCUGAUUGCCUUGUCAUCAGUAAACAAAGAAUUCAGGUCUUUCAGAGAUGAAGAAAGUAUGGAAGAUACUAAACAGUACAGAACAAGAACUCUGAGUGUUACUUCUGUGGGCAGUGUUUUAAGCUGUUCAACAAUUCCUCCGGAAUUGGUGAAACAGAAGGUGAAACGUCAGUUGACAAAACAGCAAAAAUCAGCUGCCAGACGUCGAUUACAGAAAGGAGAAGCAAAUAUAUUUACAAAACAACGGAGAGAAAACAUGCAAAAUAUUAAGUCAAGCUUGGAAGCAGCUAACUUUUGGGGAGAGUAAUAUAUUUAAGAUUUUGAAUGUUUUCCAGAACAUUAGUCUGAACCCCUUUUAAGCCAUCUUUAGUCUUUUCUAGACCAAGGCAGAUACAUAAAUAGAUAAAUAAACUCUCUUUCAUAUAUUAA